AUGGAAUAUGGCACUAUGGAGGAGCGAGAGUCCAUCCACCAGAACCGUGGAAUAUCAUCACUGUAUGGAGAAAAGAUCCAUCAUUUCAUCCUCAGGAAAAUGUUUGGCUCCCUGCAGGAAACAAAGAUCUGGAGACGCGUUCUGGGAGAAUCUACUCUGCUGGAUCAGAACCGGACCGCAGCAGAUUCUCCUGGUUCUGCAUGGCGAGCCCAGCAUGGACAGAGCGUCCAGAACCGGGGUCCCUCCGAUCCAAACGGACUCCUGACAGGAGCAGCGAAGCGUGAAGCUGCAAACAGGAAGAACCGGCGCCGCUGGUCCUCUAGUCCUCCUAGUCCUCCAGGUCCUCCAGGUCCUCCUAGUCCUCCUAGUCCUCCAGGUCCUCCUAGUCCUCCUAGUCCUCCAGGUCCUCCUAGUCCUCCUAGUCCUCCUAGUCCUCCAGGUCCUCCUAGUCCUCCUAGUCCUCCAGGUCCUCCAGGUCCUCCAGGUCCUCCUAGUCCUCCAGGUCCUCCUAGUCCUCCAGGUCCUCCUAGUCCUCCUAGUCCUCCAGGUCCUCCUAGUCCUCCAGGUCCUCCUAGUCCUCCAGGUCCUCCUAGUCCUCCGUGUCCUCCUAGUCCUCCAGGUCCUCCUAGUCCUCCAGGUCCUCCAGGUUCUGUUUGGGAUCUGGUUCCGUCUGUCAAGCAGAACCAGAACCCCAAUGAAGACAACAAGACUCUGAUCGGUUCUGAUCUUCCAGCCGUUCACCGCAGCGCUGCCGGGGGUUCGGCUGUUCCUAACCGCUCUGCAGCGGAAUCAGCCGCGGAACCGGCCGCGGUCCGUCCGGAGCUCCGAGGCCCGGUCCAGUACCGAGCUGCCCAGUACUGGACCCGGCUACUGGACCGGGCAGCGAGCGGCGCUUUCAACUUCCAGCUCAUUUGGACCGACGGAACACAAAGAGCCAUUGUGGCCCCGCAGCCCCCAGAACCGCCCCCUGCCAGCACCCUCAGCGACGGGGGGGUCAAAGGUCGCCUGGCUCCACUGACCGCCAAACGCUGCCCACUGUGUCCCGGCGUGGCGGCCCGAUGCUCGGCCCGAACCGAACCGGGCCAGGGAGGCGGCCGUCCGCUAAUUAGUAGCCGCGGGGAGCGCACUCAGAACCGGACACUUCCUGGCGAUGACGCCGAGCCGCGGAGCGCAGCCGGCGGGACGGGAACGGGACUGAAGCGGGACCAAAACCGAACUAGGAUCGGACCGCAGCCGGACCGGAACUGGGCCAGAACGGGACCCGAUUCGGACCAGUCCCAAAGAGGUGGGAAAAGAGCCUCAUUUGCUGUGGUUCGGUUCGGCUCGGCUCGACUCGGCUCUGCGCGCACCAGGACCCCACGGAGGAACCGCUCGUUCUGGCAUGACGGCCAACAUGUAGUCCGCUCCGAACCGGGAGGAAUCAUGGGUAAAAAAAACCGACCAAUCUGGUGUGGAGCCCAUGGCAAGCCUCUCGCCCUGAACAUAGAGCAACACCAGAAGACGCUGGACGUCUGUCCACCGAGCGACGUCACUUCCUGUGCAGCAUCUGACUGGAGCACAACCAAUCAGAGACGGCCAGGGGUCAGCAGUCCCAGUGGAUCCAAACCCAGUGGAUCCAGUCCCAGUGGAUCCAAACCCGGUGGAUCCAAACCCAGUGGAUCCAGUCCCAGUGGAUCCAAACCCGGUGGAUCCAAACCCAGUGGAUCCAGUCCCAGUGGAUCCAAACCCGGUGGAUCCAGUCCCAGUGAUCCAGUCCCAGUGGAUCCAAACCCGGUGGAUCCAGUCCCAGUGGAUCCAAACCCAGUGGAUCCAGUCCCAGUGGAUCCAAACCCAGUGGAUCCAGUCCCAGUGGAUCCAAACCCAGUGGAUCCAGUCCCAGUGGAUCCAAACCCGGUGGAUCCAGUCCCAGUGAUCCAGUCCCAGUGGAUCCAAACCCAGUGGAUCCAGUCCCAGUGGAUCCAAACCCAGUGGAUCCAGUCCCAUGGAUCCAGUCCCAGUGGAUCCAAACCCAGUGGAUCCAGUCCCAGUGGAUCCAAACCCGGUGGAUCCAAACCCAGUGGAUCCAGUCCCAGUGGAUCCAAACCCGGUGGAUCCAAACCCAGUGGAUCCAGUCCCAGUGGAUCCAAACCCGGUGGAUCCAGUCCCAGUGAUCCAGUCCCAGUGGAUCCAAACCCAGUGGAUCCAGUCCCAGUGGAUCCAAACCCGGUGGAUCCAGUCCCAGUGGAUCCAAACCCAGUGGAUCCAGUCCCAGUGGAUCCAAACCCAGUGGAUCCAGUCCCAGUGGAUCCAAACCCGGUGGAUCCAGUCCCAGUGAUCCAGUCCCAGUGGAUCCAAACCCAGUGGAUCCAUCCCAGUGGAUUCCAAACCCAGUGGAUCCUCCAGGUGAUCCAGUCCCAGUGGAUCAAAACCCGGUGGAUCCAGUCCCAGUGGAUCCAAACCCAGUGGAUCCAGUCCCAGUGGAUCCAAACCCAGUGGAUCCAGUCCCAUGGAUCCAAACCCAGUGGAUCCAGUCCCAGUGGAUCCAAACCCAGUGGAUCCAGUCCCAGUGGAUCCAAACCCGGUGGAUCCAAACCCAGUGGAUCCAGUCCCAGUGGAUCCAAACCCGGUGGAUCCAGACCCAGUGGAUCCAGUCCCAGUGGAUCCAAACCCAGUGGAUCCAGUCCCAGUGAUCCAGUCCCAGUGGAUCCAAACCCAGUGGAUCCAGUCCCAGUGAUCCAGUCCCAGUGGAUCCAAACCCAGUGGAUCCAGUCCCAGUGGAUCCAAACCCGUGGAUCCAGUCCCAGUGGAUCCAAACCCAGUGGAUCCAGUCCCAGUGGAUCCAAACCCGGUGGAUCCAAACCCAGUGGAUCCAGUCCCAGUGGAUCCAAACCCAGUGGAUCCAGUCCCAGUGGAUCCAAACCCAGUGGAUCCAGUCCCAGUGGAUCCAAACCCGGUGGAUCCAGUCCCAGUGAUCCAGUGGAUCCAGUGAUCUGCUGCUGUUAG